ACAGGUUGAGGACAUUUUUUUUUAAGGUUCAAAUUAAUACCAUUAGAAGUCAUAGUCUGCAGUGAACAUUCUCAGUCAUUUUUGUUACCAUUGUUUUCAGUUAUCGCCCGCUUUCCCACACAAUUCAAGAUGAGAUCCAGCUUAUCCUUCAUGAUCUGCUCAGUUGUUGCCCUUUUGGAGUUGCCGGACUUGUUCCUUGAAGCCAAGAAGAUCGUCAUGUUCCCAUCCCCUUGGAGGAGUUACGCCAUCUAUCACAGCAUCAUCGCUGCAGCCCUGACCGAGUUCGGCCACGACGUAUGGCUGUGCCUACCACGUCAGCAGAGCUUAGAGGGACUGGUCAGAAAUGAGCGCGUCCGCUUCAUCACCUACGAGUAUGAGAUCGAUCCUUUUUACAAAAAGCUGUUUGCUGAAGAAUUACUGAAAAAAGAUCACGAUAGCGUCUACGAGGUUUUUCUACCACAACACCGCCAUGAAAUAUUUCUUGGCCAGAUUUUAGAGGACACGCAAUUCAUCUCCAACGUCACAAGCUUAAAACCAGACCUCUUCGUCCUAGAAAUGGCCAAAUCAUCAACGAAUGUGGUCUUGAUUCCCUACAAAUAUGACAUCCCGUUUGCCUUUAUAAGCACUAUGCGGAACCCUGUAAAGACACGGACCCCGUUUAACCCAAUUUUAGAACCUUUGAUUCACCUGAGUUUCUCGGACAAGAUGACCUUUUUUCAACGUGUUAAGUUGACUUUAAUCUACUUGACCUUCUUUUUGUGUCCGUCUGCUACUUAUGAUAAAUUUGUCCGCCAGUUUGUGCCGGAAAAGCCUUUUCUGUCUAUCAAUGACAUCGUGCUGAAGGCGGAGAUAUUUCUCUUUGAAACUGACCACAUUCUGGACUAUCAUCGUCCAGCGUUGCCAAACACCAAAUUUAUCGGUAGCUCUUCCGCCAGACCCUCAAACUCCUUGACCGGUCAACUAAAAUUAUUCGCUGAUGAGUCUAGCCAUGGCUUUGCCGUGGUCAGUUUCGGUUCGGUUGAUAUAGAACUUGGUCAAAGAAUUACAGACAUUAUUAUCUCAGCGUUUGAGAAGAUUGCCCUCAAUGUCGUUUGGAAAACUAAUGCUACAAUUAUUCGCUCUAGAAAAAUACUCACCAGGCCUUGGCUGCCCCAGAAUGACCUUCUGGGCCAUCCUAACGCCAAAGUGUUUAUAUCUCAGUGUGGUAAGAAUGGCCAGUACGAGGCGCUGUAUCACGCUGUCCCCAUGUUGUGCCUGCCGUUACACUCGGACCAAUUUUAUAACACGGAAAGGAUUCUCGUCAAAGGAUUUGGUCUUGGGGCAGACCUUACAUCUGUUACCCCCGAGGAGCUGGCGAAUUUAAUAAACAAUGUAACGUACGAUCCUAGAUACAGAUCUACUAUCAAGAAAGCAUCAAAGCUAUUCAAAAAACUUUACAAAAACCCCAGCAAGGAAGCGGCCUUCUGGUUUGAUCACGUGAUGAAAUAUGGCGGAGAUUACAUGAGGUCAUUUGGUCAACAAAUGCCGCUCUACCAAUAUCUUUUAAUAGACGUCAUUGCAUUUUUAAUGGUUAGUUUUAUCGUCAUUAUCCUUGUAAUGUAUACAACAAUUAGGUUGAUCUAUUAUAUGUUUAAAAAUAAUGCUUGGAAACUGAAGUCAGAGUAACAACAGCUGAGCACUUUCAGAAUUUUGUAUUUUAACUUUUUUAUUUUUGUUAAUGUUGUUUCCUAAUUUGUUAAUACUGCCACUUUACUGUGCUUAGAGAUUUAGACUAUUAAACGCUUCAUCUAAACUGUUGCGCCGUUUAGACAACAUUAUUAGAAAAGCAUAAAAAAAACAACACACGCACAACUCUAUCAUAUUUAAAUGAACUUCUUGAACAAAAAUGUCUCAGAAAAAUAGGAAAAAUCUUUGAAGAAGACAGCAACCCGCUCCAUCAUAACUACGUCAAGUCGUCGCGAAGUGGGCGAGUUCUGUCAAUCAAGACUAGAACAGAGCGGUAUAAAAACUCGUUCGUUCCUUAUUCGGUCAGACUAUAUCAACGCCACUCGUUGAUCAGGAAACAUGAAAAGGAUCAAGAUGUCUGUGUGUAGUCGCUGAAUGAACUCUUUAUGUUGUGUCUGUUCUAUUUAUGUGUAUGUUUCUGUUGUGUUGUCUUUAUAUGAGAAAAGAGUCCUUGUAAUCACAAC